GUUCCAAUUGUGUAUCCCAAAGAAUGUUGUCCUGAGAAUGACCCCGAUAACCUCCUGCGUGUAGUUUACGACCAUGGUAAAGUUUCCCAAUGGGAUGAUUUUGAAACAAUCCGAAAACGAGUCGCCAAAGAAUGGACCGCCUUACCCAAAGUUUAUGACAACAUCAGUCCAGAGCUUAAGGAGAAAAUUGAUCGAGUUUCAAGGGAGAUCAGGAGUUCUAAUUAA